AUGAAUGGAAUACUAACAUGUAAUAGGACUAAAAGAACGAAGAAGGUUGGUAUCACUGGUAAGUUCGGUGUCAGAUACGGUUCUUCCUUGAGAAGACAAACCAAGAAAUUAGAGGUGCAACAACAUGCAAAAUAUGAUUGUUCAUUCUGUGGUAAGAGAACCGUUCAGAGAGGUGCAACUGGUAUUUGGACCUGUAAGUCAUGCAAGAAAACUGUUGCUGGUGGUGCUUACAGUGUCUCUACCGCAGCAGCUGCAACCGUCAGAUCUACCAUUCGUCGUUUGAGAGAUAUGGCUGAAGCUUAA